AUUCUGAAAAAUUUAAAAGCAUGUUAUGUUAUUAUGGAAAAGCUCUUACUGAUGCAUUGUAUGACUAUCAACACCGGCAGCACAAAGAUGUUUUAUAUGAUCCCAAUGAAUUUGUAGCGAUGUUAAACAAUUAUAAUUCAAAUCUGAAAUCAUUCUUUGAUGCAAUAGUUGAAAUGACUAAUCCGAAAGGAAAAAGUAAUGAAACCAAUGAAGUUAACCAAUGUAAAGUUGUUGGUAUUUGCUAUGAACUUGCUGGAAUGCGAAUUGAUGCAUUAGCUACUUUAGGUGUUACUGCAUCAUAUAAAGUAAUUGCAACAAGAAAACAAAAAUUAUUAGAAACACGAGAUUCAGAUCUCGAAAUAUAUUUUAAAGAUCAGUUGAGAUAUGCGCAUUUUUUAAAUGUUGAUGACUACCAUGAUAUACAUGAAAAGCGAAUGCCUAAUGUGACUUCACUUCACACGAUAAAUCAUAUGGCUACUAUUUGUGUUAAUUUGUCAAAACAUU